AUUCACAUUGUUGUGUUUCUUUGUCUUUGUGACUGGUCUGCUUCGCAGCUAUCCUACUCGAUUUCCGAGGAGGUGAACAAAGGCACCGUAGUGGGGAAUAUCGCAAAGGAUUUAAACCUCAAUGUACAGGAAUUAGAGACCAGAGAUCUACGUAUUGUUUCGAGUUACAGUAAGAAAUAUUUUGACGUGAAUUUGCGGACGGGAAACCUGUUUGUUGACGAACGAAUAGACAGAGAGGAGCUUUGUCCGAAUGUAAUAAAAUGCUCCAUCAAAGUGCAAGCCGCUUUAAAUAAUCCAAUGAAUGUACACCGCAUCGAAGUCAACAUACUUGAUAUAAAUGAUAACUCGCCUUUGUUCACUGAACAAGCGCAUUUGUUAAACAUCUCCGAAUUACUGUCGCCGGGAGAACGAUAUCUUCUCCCAAUAGCAGAAGACGCGGACAUCAACAGCAAUUCAGUAAAGACCUAUAGGCUGAGCCAAAAUGAAUAUUUCUCUCUUGAUGUGCAGAGCGGCGGAGACCACGGUGUGUCUGCUGAGUUAGUGCUGCAGAAAGCUUUAGACCGAGAGAAACAGCCAGUUAUUACGCUGCUCCUGACGGCUGUGGACGGGGGUAAACCUGCUAGAUCAGGGACGUUGCAGUUAACUGUAAAUGUUCUAGAUGUUAAUGACAAUGCGCCCACUUUCAGUAAAUCUCUUUAUAAAGUGCGUGUUAAAGAAAAUGCGACUCCCGGAACACUCGUAAUAAAGUUAAAUGCAACGGAUUUAGACGAGGGCAUGAACAGUAAGAUCCUGUAUUCGUUUAUCAAAAGAGGAAAUAUUGAUCCGUCAAAUAUUUUCGAUCUAAAUUCAGAAACAGGAGAAAUCACCGUGAAGGGAACAUUAGAUUAUGAAGAGACGCCUGCUUAUGAAGUUAGAGUUCAAGCAAUGGAUCAAGGCACCUCUCCUCGUAGUGCACAUGCUAAACUGCUGAUAGAGAUAAUUGAUGUGAAUGACAAUGCCCCAGAAAUAUCUGUGACGUCACUCAUGACGCCUGUUAAAGAAGACGCAGAACUGGGCACGAUCGUUGCUUUGGUUACAAUGAGUGACAAAGAUGGAGGAAACAAUGGUGUAACUAACUGUAAGGUAGUUGGAUCUGUUCCCUUCAAACUAAAGUCCAACUACAAAAAUGAUUAUUCAUUAGUAGUUGAUGGACCACUGGACAGAGAAAACACGUCUGUUUACAAUGUCACCAUUACAUCCACAGACGAAGGAAGUCCACCUCUGUCCAGUAUCAGGGUCAUUACUGUUCAUGUUUCUGAUGUCAAUGAUAAUGCACCUCGAUUUAUGGAGCCUGUGAUUCAUGCGUAUGUGAAAGAAAACAGUCCAGUAGGUUAUGUUAUUUAUACAGUAAAU